UGAUGAUUAAUAAUUAAAUGUGCGCUAGUGGUGUCGUUAAACAAAACCCUGCGGUACUUGUACACCUGCCAGAUAACCUGGGUGCUUAGGACAGCAGAGAAAUGCUGGUUGUGGUUGAAAUACAAGAUGCAUGAGGAUGAAAAUUUACUGGGGUUUUUGGUUGGUUGUGUUUGACCUAUUCUAUAUAAAUAAUUAAUCAUUUAGAUUAAAAUGUGGAUUAUGCCCCCACUAGAGGUGUGCAUACCCUCUCCCCAACUCCACCCACCCUCCCCUCAUUGCUCAAGCAAAUUUUCUCUUUUUUUCAAUAUAUUUUCCAGGAGAGAUUUCAUGAUUCGCCAACUCCUAAACUCAACAGUCUUGACCCCCUGCAUAACUUCCUGUACAGGUGCCUAAGAUGGGCAUGCGGCCAGACUUCACAAACUGGAUCGAGAUGGAAAGUAUGCUGAAGCUGGAGAAUUAUUUCUCUCCGUGUUGAAGCAAGCUGAUGAUGAUGCAAAAUGGCAGCAGUUCAGAGAUGCACUUCAUCAAGAAGACUCACAAUAAUUUCCAAAGAAACACUGAGAACACGGGGCAAGAUGGAAGCAAACAUAAUGAAAGACACAGAUUGGCAAAGAUUUCUCGUCAAGAGUCUGGUGAUAGUCAACCUAGUUCUAUUGUGUUACCGUCACGGAAACAGACCACACACACACAAAAUACACCUAAAUCUUUGACUUUCCAAACACUUGCCAUGACUAGACAUGGUGCAGAAUUGAAAUCAAAGCCUCCACAUGUCAAUAAGAAACGGCACUUUGCAUUGUCAAGUAUUUCAUCCGAGGAUGAGACAGAUCUCAUAUCUUUCACUGAUGAUGGUCAUGCUGACAAUGAAACAAGUACAGUUCCAGCUAAAACUGGAUGAGUUACUAUUAAUUUGUUCACCUGUGUGAUGUCCGUUUUUUAAUAACAUCAUCAUGUUCAUAUUUCAUCCAGGGUGGGAUAUAGCUCAGUGGCAGAGUGCUCGCCUGAGUUAAAGUUUGUUUUGUUUAACGACACCACUAGAGUACAUUCAUUUAUUAAUCAUCGGCUAUUGGAUGUAAAACACUGGUAA